CACACAGAUGUCGUGACAAAGUGAAAGAAUACGUGAAUAAUAGGACGCUUUUUUGCUAACAACCACAAGGCAAAUGUACGAACGAGUUGCAUACUUUACACAACAAUUACACAAAUAUUUAAGUGGUUGAAUGAGGUAAUCUUACUAAAUCCUGAUGGUUUAUAGUUAUUCGUAUAAGUAGUUCAAGAGUAUUAUCGAGGCCAUUAUCCAAGGCGGUAACUUAGCUACGUGCUAGCGGGGCAGCUAGCUCCAACGGGCUAACGACACUAAAGAGGACCGCAUUGAAGAACCGUUAAGUCAGAGGUGGAUUGGCGGUUUUUGAGAAGUCAUGGAGAUGGGGGAUCAAUUGGAGAUGAGGAUGUCACCAUUCCAAGAGCCCGUUGUAAAAAGGGAAAGGAUAGAAUACGAAAAUAUGCCAGAGUCGGGUCCCUCCACGAGCGGAUUUCCUUACAAAAGGGCACACUUGGAAUAUGGCUUAUCGAAACGAGUCGAAGUGUCUUUGGUCAGGCUUCCCGAAUAUAAGAUCAGUGCUCUUCGACCGCCGACGCCGUCGCAGUUCUACAGUGAAGAUGAAUCGCUCAGCAGCUCAGAUUCGGAUUAUCAGGACCGACACGAUGACUCCAGUGAUUCCGAUAUUUCGUCUUCAAAGAGACCGAAAACUACCAACAAUCUUGAACACACCCCCAUCAUUGAUUCGUCAGUGUUUGCGUACACUCCACACGAGACCGUUAAGGUCCGUCCUGAUCUGCCUGAGGAAGAGAUCAAAGUGGACAUGGUCGUGCUGGCCAGGAAGAAGAACUUAAGAUGGCAACGAGGGAAAGUUGUGGAGAUCGUCACCAAGGAAGACGGACGAGUGAAGUACAAGGUGAUGUUUGAAGAGAAAGGGAAGAGUCUGGUCUCGGGACACCACAUGGCUUUCGACGGCAUGCCAAGGCUGGAGCAGCUGUACGUAGGCGCCCGCGUGGUGGUCAAGAACCAAGAUGACGCCAACCUGUUCAGAGCCGGUAUCCUGGCAGAGCUCCCCUGCAGAAAGAACCGCCUCAGGUUUUUGGUGUUCCUGGACAGCCACAAGCCAAUCUACAUCGGCUUAACGUUAUUUCACCUGGUGUGCAGACCAUUACCAGACCCCGUAGACGACAUUCAAGACGAGGCUCACCAGCGUUUUAUGCAGCAGUACUUAAGAGAUUGGCCGUACCCCCAUUUAACCCAGUACAAACCCGGCCAGAUUGCCUCGGUGGAGUUCAACGGAGAUCAUCACAAGUGCAAGGUGGAGAUGGUGGACUCUAGCCUGAUUAUGGUGUUUUUUGAGUUCGAUAAGCACAAAGAGUGGAUUCACCGCGGCUCCAUACGACUAGCGCAUAUGCCAAGAUUUUUGGAACUAAGGAGAAGAGAAGCAGACGCAGGUGAACACUAAAUGAGCGGCCCCCAUGAGCAAGCCUUUAAACCCCCCUACCCCGCCCCUCUCUCUGGAAAAAAACUCCCCUUUUAUCCAUUCAUUCUUGGUAUACUUUUAUAUUACUAGCUUUCUUUUCCAGUGAAUUGUACAAAUGUGCUAAAGUGCAAGGCGCCCCCCCCCCCCCCCCCCCCCCACACACACACACAGGACUUGACUUCAGGGGCAGCCUGAGAAAAACCGAAGAACCGAAGAAGACAUUUUUCAAGCCUAACUUAACUUGUCAUGUUUAAAAGCAAAAUUGGUCGAUUUUUAGUUGCUACUAUGAGAGAAUAAACAGUAAAUCCUACAA